UGUUGUGAUUGACGCCAGUCGGGCCCACUUUCACCUCUCACGCACACGAACGAUGCACAAAUCCACGGCGAUUUACAGAAGUCCGGACGAAAUAAUUAACCUCAAGAUCAGGAUAAGGAUCAGGGAAGUCGGCGGCGGUGGCGACGACCCGCUCGAGGAAAUUCAAACGUUCCGAUGGCAGCAGAAGAUCUUCGGCCAGUUCGAGAGAGGCUUCUACCUGGAUAGGAAGAACUGCGCCACCGAGCUGGAGAGGAAGUAUCACGCUGAAGUCGCCAAGCUGUCGGAGAAGAGCAAUGUCGUGUUUAGUUACGUUAACGACGAUGGGUACGAGGGGGUUGACGAUAACUGCGGGAAAAUGCACCUGAUGGCUGAUUUAGGGGAUUCCCAAGCGACGAAUUUGUGCACCGUUACGUACGACCCCGCCCGAAAGGUUCUCACGAUGCGUCCCGACUUCACCCAAUCCGAACCGUAUCGAAUCCACAUCGAGGGAGACGUCAAGAGGAUCUUCCAGUACCGCAUCGAUGACGUCUCCGAAAAGAUUCCAUUCGACGCGCAACUCAAAGAGAACGAAAUACUCGAUAGGAUAAAUCUUCAUCAGCAAAAAUUGAAAUUGGACAAGGGGCACGCCGGGUUCGAGCUACCGGGUAAAAAUAAGCUGGACGUCUGUUUGUAUUUGGAAAUUUUGGCGGCGCGCAAUUUCGAAAACGACAACGUUUACGUGCAGUACUUUAUCGAUUUGCCGGCGCAUUGGAGCUGUAAAAAUUCGGACGCGCUAAAAGGAUGCACGCAGACGUCGAUUAGGGCUAAUUCCGAGGACGGCGCGGCUCACUUUGGGUUACCUUUCGAAAUUUGUUUGGAAUAUGACGUGCAAAGAAUGGAUGAGGAGGAAAUUUUGAAAUCGCCCUACGUCUACUUCGAAGCGGUCUCGAAAGAUUCCUGGGACCACUUUCGCACGGAGGGCCUCGCCUACACCAUCCUGCCGGUUACGCAGGCCGGCGUCUACAGCUACGAAUUGCGUUGUUUACGGAUCUGCCCCGAAGGAAUCGCGUGUAAUUUAAGAAGGUUCUUCAUCGGAGACUUUUCAAAUUACGAUCACAUCACCUGGGCCUCGUUACCAAGGGAGCCGCGCGAGGUGAGAUUUGCCUAUUUUCGUCCUGUAAUUACGUUUUUCCAGGGUCGCAUGAAUAGAUACGGCGUCCUCAGCGUCGGUACCGGCGAGAUAAGCGUACGCGUCAGCGUACUUCAGCAGUCGCAAGCGUUCUCCGAGGAUUUCGCAAGUGAAAAUGGAAAUAGGCAAAGGAAAUUUCUCCUGGAUAAGUUAAAUACGUCCGUCCUCAUUAAAAGUAUCGAGCAAGUUGUGGCGGCGUUCAAAGUCGCUAAAAGGAAGAUGGUCGAGGCUAGGAAGAAUGUUUGAAACAUAUUAAUAUUCAAAAUAUCGAUACUUUAUAAAUACUUCUCUCGCAUUCCGUUCCCCUUGCACGCGUAUACCUACGAGGUGAAUGGGAGAGUAAGUGGCAACGUUGCCUUAACACAAAGGUGAAUCGAUAUUUUUAAAACUUGGCCAAGGCGCGAGUGGCGCGUUCGGUUACAGUCGGCCGUCGGCGAACGCCACCGAGCCGGUCGCGUACACGCAUGUCGCUCGCAGUAAACAAUUUUAGUAAGCGCAACGUUGCCAUUUAUUCCAAGAAUCGAUGUAAAUUAAGGACGCAUUCUAGUCAAUGACACUUUGUAUUACUAUUACAAAACAAUGGUCUUUUUUGUAAUAAAUUAGCUAAUUUGUU